CAUCAUGCGGUCGUUCGCUAUAGCGUCCGCUUUGGCGGCGGCGAGUAUUGUCCAAGCAGGACCUACUCCCACCGAACCGGAACUCCCCAAACGCGCUGACUCUUUGCCCACCGUGACCGCGUCUGGCAAUGCGUUCUGGGCUGGUGAUAAACGAUUUUAUAUUCGAGGCAUCGACUAUCAGCCCGGUGGUUCUUCCGCCAACAGCGAUCCUCUCGUUGAUACCAACACUUGCAAGCGAGACAUCGCCAAAUUCAAGGAACUCGGUGUCAACACGGUUCGUGUCUACUCUGUAGAUAACUCGGCCAACCACAAAGAAUGUAUGCAAGCUUUGAACGAUGCAGGCAUUUACCUCGUUCUCGACGUCAACAACCCCCAGUACUCCAUAAACCGAGACAAGCCCGGCCCGUCAUACAACGACGUCUACCUCCAGAGCAUCUUUGCCACCAUCGACGAAUUUGCCAAGUACGAUAACACGCUCGCUUUCUUCUCGGGGAAUGAAGUUAUCAACGAUAAGCCUGAGUCUGUAAAGGCCGCACCUUACGUCAAAGCUACCACUCGUGAUAUGCGCCAGUACAUUGGUUCCCAAAAGUACCGCAAGAUUCCUGUUGGUUAUUCCGCCGCCGAUGUCAGCCAGAAUCGUAUGCAGACCGCACAGUACUUCAACUGCGGUACUGAUGAUGAGCGGAGCGACUUCUUCGCUUUUAACGAUUAUUCUUGGUGUGCUCCGUCUUCUUUCCAACAGUCGGGUUGGGACCAGAAGGUUAAGAACUUUACUGGUUACGGUAUACCCAUCUUCUUGUCUGAGUGGGGCUGCAUAACAAACGGCCGUACCUUCGAGGAGUUGGGUGCGUUGAUGAGCGAUCAAAUGUCUAGUGUGUACUCGGGUGGCUUGAUGUACGAAUACAGCAGGGAAGGGAAUGGGUACGGUAUUGUCGAACUCUCCGGAACUUCUAGUUCGGUCAAGGAGGAUACCGAAUUCUCGGCCUUCAAGUCAGCUCUGAGCAAAUACCCGACGCCCAGCGGAAAUGGCGGGUUUACCUCAACCACUGCGUCGGUUGCUUGCCCGACUGUCGAUGAUACUUGGGAUCUCGAGGGCUGGGGUGCAAGCGCACUUCCCGCCAUCCCUAAUGGGGCCGUCAAGUACAUGACUGCGGGAGCUGGUACUGGACCGGGUCUAAAAGGAGCUGGUUCCCAGAAUGCCGGAGGUACGUCGACAGGCACUGCUUCACCCGGUUCCGGAUCCGUGACGGCAACCGCAUCGGGUAAAAAUGGCAGUGGCCGACCGGCUCCGCCAAUGGACAUGGGCAUCUUUGCCGUUGCUGGCGUUGUUGGUGCCUUCACUUUAGUCGGCACUCUACUUUUGUAGAGUAGCACCGAAUCGCUUUUUCCUUCUGGGAGUAGAAGAAAUAGACUUUCCCAAAUCGUUGGCACGGAUGUAAGGCGUUUAAUAGGCUUGGCCAUCAGGCUCGUGCUGAUUGGAUUAUCCUGGGGGAAUAGGCACCUAGCCAACCUUACCGGGAUAUAAUUAGUUUUGGGAGCGGCACAGCAAUCGCAGCGCGACCCUAUCAUGGUUUAGGGUCUGUACAAAAACCUCAACGAAUUUCCAACGAAAAAAACAUAUAAUUCUGGCACGGGAUAAGGACGGACGGAUCGGAUCGGAUCGGAUGGAUAUUAGAGGUGUUAUUCUGGAGCUGGCCUUGCUAGAGGACGAUUGAAAUCAGAAAUUGGUGAAAUAUGACAUAGUUUUGUUCUAUUGAGUGGCUGUGCAACUGUAAUCAUUAUUGAAAUAGGAGAUUUCGGCUUAUGUGACUGUCGAUGGCCUUGCUUAGCUAUUUGUGGUGUUGAGGAUGAGGGGAUGAAUUGCCCCUUUCUAAUAUUGGUAUAAGACGAUAUGGGUACUAGAG